CUACUAUUGGAUUCGGACUACCCCUGCUUAGUCACCUCAAUGUCAUGUUCCCAGGACGCGAUGUCAGCGUCUAUGGCAUGUGGAUAUUACGCGCAGGAGGGUCCCUCUCCGAUCCCAACUUAGCCUGAACAACUUAGCCGAAUCGCAUAGCUGCUAGGUGUUCAAGUACUUCCGACUUGAUCCGAGCAGGAUUUCACGGCCGCCUGAACGAGCACAGACAGACGCGGAACCCGCCGGGAGGGGGGUUGGACUCGAUCGAUUUUCGCUAGAGACAGUUAGAGGGAUUGAACGAUCGCAAGGCAUGGCGAAUGCGGCUGAGGUCCCGACGGACGUGGGUCGGCAUCUGCGGGCGUGCCUCCGCUGCUCGCUGCUGAAGACAUACGACCAGUUCUAUGCGAACGGGUGCGAGAAUUGCCCUUUCUUCGAAAUGGCGGGUGACGAGGAGCGGGUGAAGGACGCCACCACCGCCAAUUUCUCAGGCAUCAUCUCAUGUAUGGACCCUGCUGGAAGCUGGGCGGCGCGGUGGCUUAGAAUAAGUCGGGCUGCCCCUGGGUGCUACGCCAUAUCGGUCACAGGCAACCUCACAGACGACCUGCAGUCUAUCUGUGAGAGUAACAAUGUGCGUUACGUUCCAAGAUCAAACUAUGCAGCGCGUCCUGGAUAGUGCGCAGCUGUUAUGCGUAUCAUUUUCUUCCCCUCUUCUCAUGUGCUGAUUCUUAGUCGAUACAUUCUCCAGCUGACCUCUGCUGCACCUCCUGUGUGACAAUCUGUUGGAUAGUGCAUGUAGAAAACUAUCCAAGUGUAAUACCCUGCCGUGCCCCUGACGAAGGAAUCUUCAUACGAACAGGACCAUAUGUGUAAUAAAGCUGGAUUGUCCUAGUGGGUUGCCACUCCACUAGUGUGUCAAUGUAGGGAAUGUCAGAAUGAACAAGUGAACUGGAAUGUGUGAGUACAAGGUGUUAAAAUUAU